GGCAAUUCUUCCCCAUCAAUGAAGUGAAGCCGAGUCCUCUUCUGUAGUCUCCAUUUCUAUUUCACUACUCAAAACCAAGCACACUCAUUCAUUCUUACAUGAUAAGUUUUGUGAACUAAUCAAUGAAGGAAGAAAACAUGAAUCUUCAGUCCUCGUGGCCAAAAGUGGUGGUUAGAAAAUGGUUGAACAUAAACAGCGGCAGAGAUAAAUAUCACUCAGAUUACAGAAUAAACGCUCACUUUCAAAGAAGAAGGAAAAGUUGCUCCGAUGAUGGUCAAUACGUCGUCGUACCUGAAGAAUUAUCAGAAGAGUGGUUGGUGGAAAAGAAUAGCAAAACUGAACGGACGGGAUUCAAUCAGAUGCCACCGCCACCAAUUCCGAACUCCAACCUCCGACAUAGUAUGUUCGUGGGAACGUGGAAUGUAGGAGGAAAAUCACCAGACGACCAACCUAAUCUAAAAGAUUGGUUAAGAACUAAAGAACCUGCUGACAUUUAUGUCCUUGGGUUCCAGGAGAUUGUACCUCUGAACGCAGGCAAUGUACUCGGAGCAGAAGACUGUGAGCCGGCGGCGAGGUGGCUAUCAUUGAUCCGGCACACUCUUAAUGAACCCCAAUAUUGCAAACCAAGAUUGAGCUUCUCCGAUGAUGAGGAUUUAUUAGUAUCAAACUGUUGUUGGAGGAAACAACAAAGGCAGUACUGUUUGGCAGCCAGCAAGCAGAUGGUGGGGAUCUUCCUGUGCGUGUGGGUCCGCAGUGACUUGCUCCACCAUAUCACCAGUUUGCAGGUCUCCUGCGUCGGAAGAGGCAUCAUGGGGUACCUCGGAAAUAAGGGGUCGAUAUCUAUUAGCAUGGCAGUGCAGCAGACGACGUUUUGCUUCGUGUGUAGUCACUUAGCUUCGGGAGAGAAAGACGGGGAUGCUGCUAGACGGAACUGGGACGUGAUGGAGAUCCUCAGGAGAACGCGCUUCUCUCAAAAUCAUCCCCAUACCAUUUUGGACCAUCACAACAUAAUUUGGCUGGGAGACUUGAAUUAUCGACUGGCUUCAAGUUCAACUUGUGGGGACAUCUAUGAUCUACUCAAUAUGAAUGACUGGCAAGCCCUGCUACUCAAGGAUGAGUUGAGGAUAGAACAAAAGGCUGGUAGAGUUUUCAAGGGAUUUCGAGAAGGGGAAAUCUAUUUUGCUCCAACUUACAAAUACUUUGCUAAUUCCGACUGUUACGUCGUUGCGCCCAAAGAAAAACGUCGUACUCCUGCAUGGUGUGAUCGAAUUCUUUGGAAGGGAGAAGGCAUUGAGCAAAUGUAUUACACGAGGGGCGAGUCAACGCUUUCAGACCACAGGCCUGUAUGCUCACUCUUCUCGGUGCAACUGAAUUUACCAGUAUACCCCACACAAAAUUCCCCAAAAUUUGCAGUUGAAGACUUGUUAGUUUGCAGAAGCAGAAGCCAGAGAUGCAUCCACACCGCAUCUGGAACUGGAAUAAGAUUCCAUUGAGACACGUACAUGUUUUUGUGAAAUACGUGUGACUUAGAGACUUAGAAAAGUGUUUCUCGAUUUUGUGAAAUGACUACUUGAUUUUUGUGUCC